AUGGCUAAUAUAUUGACUAUGCAGUUUUUAUCAUCUGAUGAAGAGGAUGAAAACUAUGAUAUUGAGGAGGAAUUAAGGGAAGAAAUGAAGAAAAAAAAAAAGAAAACAAGAAAGGAAAGAAGUUUAAAGAAUGUUGAAAAUACAAUAAAAAAUGCAAUAAUAAAAGAAAAAAUAGAUAAAACAUAUAAUGAAAUUAAUCAAGAAUAUGAGAAGUUAUACAAGCAUGAAACACACAUUGAUAAAGAAGAUUUUUUGUUACAAUUUCAUAAAAAAUAUCCACAAAUAGAGAAAAAUUACAAUACAAAAAAAAAAUUACUAAAUCAUAUAAAUAAAUACUGCUCUUUAGACGAAGAAAAUUCUGCUAUAUUAAAUGUAAAAGAAUUUAAGAAAUUAUGUAGAAAUAAUAAUAAUAAUAAUGAUAUAUCAGAGACUGUUAAGAAUGCAUUAGAAUCUUUUUAUGAUAAUAAUUCAGUAGAUAUAGAAAAAAAAUAUAUGUAUGCAGGUAAAAUUUAUACAAUAAAAAAAAAGAUUGAUAAAACAUCUGUUGCAUAUAAAAGAUAUUUAAAAACAAAAAAUAAAACGGAUUUGGGAGGUAAUUUUAAAAAUAUUGAUAAACUUAUACAAAGUAUUCAAGAAAAUAAACAAAUUAAUACAGUUGAUAAAUCAACAGAAGACUGGAAAAAUUACAAAAUAGCUAAUUCUAUAGACGAGGAAAAAUUAAAAUCUAAACAGAAUUAUUUGGAGAAUAAAUUUUUUGCAGAAAAUGUAGAAAGAAAGUUAUUUGAAAGUAAAGUUAAAAAAAAGUUGACAUAG